UAUUUUAAUUCAUUUGUAAUCAAUUGUUUAUGUUGUGUCGACGUUUUUUUUUUUCAUCUUUUCCACACAUAAAAAAGAAUGAUAUUGACUUUUGGUUUGACUUAAUUUCUACUUCUGUGUUGGUUUGUGCAACCAGCAAAAAUUCUUUGAAAUGUUUACAGAAGAAGCCAGUUUUAUUAUUUUUUUUUUUCGUAAUCUAAAAUUCAGAAUCUAUUUAUUGUGGUGGAUCCAUUCACAUUCACAUUAAUUCAUUCGAAUGUUGUGGUGGCCAUUGUGAAAACAGAGAAUAUAAUGUUAAUUUUGAUUAAAAUAUUGCUUUAUAUACCGUUGGCUAUCCGAAAAUUGUGUUGGCCAACAACUAAUGAAUAUUUUCAACAAAUUGCUACAAUCAUGAAUGGAUUACAUCGUGAUCAUAAUGAUAAGAUAAUAAAAUCACAUAAUCAUAUUGUAUGUUAUUUGCGUAUGGAAUCGGCACGUUAUCUUUUCAUUUAUUUAGCGCCAUUAUCGCAUAAUUAUCGUUUAUUAUUGUUCGAUGCUGGAAUCAUGUUGAAUAUGACAAUUGAAAUCAAUCUAAUAUUAUCGUUCAUGUUUUUUUGGUUGGCAAAUUUAUAUGAAAAUUUUUUCCAUUCAAAAUAUUAUGAUACGAAUAUCAUACUGAUCAAUGUAAUGAUUGAACGAAAAGAUCCAAAUGAAUCGAUAUUUCCAUCGAUUAGAAAAUCAUCAUAUGGACAGCGACAACAAAUAAAUUUUUAUCAAUUUAUUAUGCAACACUUUCGUAUGCAUUUAUUACGAAGAAAUUUAGAAAUGACUUUAGUAUUGAUGCUUGGUUGUUACUAUGAAUUCCAAAUUCUAUCGAAUAGAAAUUAUUUUUUCCAACCAAAUCAAUCAUUAGUCGUGUGUAUAAUGAAAAUAUUCUCAACACAAUUGAAUGCAUUAUUUUUGUUUUUUGAUGGUUUACUUCUCAUUCAUAUGGCUGAAUUAUUAGCAACAUUCAUCAUAGGAUUUGAAUGGAUUAUACGACUGAAUUAUCAGCAAAUAUUUUGCCAUUUGAAUCAAUGGCCAAUCGAUCAUUUGAAUAUACGUUUUGUACGGCAAUUUCUUUGGUACAAUUAUCACCUAUUUCGUUUUGUUGAUGAUGUUUUGCGAUCAUAUUCGCAUUUUUUUCUCAUUUUUCUCUUCUAUAAUUGGCCAAGUAAUCUUUAUAUAAUCGGUACAUUAAUGCGGCUGCAUGUAACUGGACGACAGAAUCUAUAUCUUGAAUCGCUAAUAAUAUCGGUAUUUCUACAAGAAUGUUUCGGUAUAUUUUGGAUACAUUAUAUUUGCACUAAAUAUUCAAAACGUAUUCAUUAUUCAAUUGGUCUGCGGCAUUUGCUGGGUCUAACAACGGCAACAACAAUGAUUCAAACAACAAAAAUUCCAUCAUCAUUUUCAUCAUCAUUAUCUAUGCAAUGGAAAUUGAUGGAUUAUAUUGAAAAAUUUCAUACAAAAAAACGUUAUGGUUUUUCAUAUGGUAAAUAUGGUGCCAUAGAUAUAAGCAGUUUUAUUCGGUUUCUACUCAUCUAUUGUAAGAUGUUGAUGAUGACAUACAAGAUGUUCAUGGAAUAUUCGAAUUUUAAAACAUGAACAAUUGUUUUGGAAAUGUUAAUGAUCAAAGUCGUUAUGUUUUGAAUAUCAUAAAUGGAAUGUUUCACUUUUAUU